AAAAAAAAAAAAAAUUAUGAUAAUAGAGUUUAGUUUUUUACAAAACUGGAGUAGACUACCGUUAGGUUAUGAGUUGUUUUUUUUAAAUUUUUUUUAGAUCUAAUGUAAUUUUUCAAAUAUUUAAGCAAUUGCUAUUUAGAUUACAUUUAUUUUUUUUACACGUCACACUCAAUUGUUUGUUUAUUUGAUUGCAGUUUGUAGACAAAGAAUGUUCUUACAACGUUCUCAAUUUUGUUUCAUUUGUGAUUAGAGCGUAGGAUGGCAAUCCUUGUGUAGUAAUCACAAGUCAAAUAUAUAAGUAUGAAAUAAUUUUGUAGUUUGUGAAGGCCAACAGAAACAGAGUGGAUGCAGGGGAAUCAAGAAAAACAAGAAGCCUGAAGAAGAUAAAAUGCGAAGAUCUAGAGAUAAACAUGUGCGCAUUUGCAGUGUCAUGGUGGGGAAAUAGGUGUGUGCUUGAAAAGACAGUGAAACUCGACGGAGAAGAAGGAUUCACAUGUCGUACAUCAAAGAUUAUGGAAGUGAAGAAACUAAGGAACAGAGUCGAAACAGAGAAGUGUGUCCGACGUUGUGGCCUUGACAGGAACACCCUCGGCAUCUCCUCCGAUUCCCUCCUCGAUACUCGUUUCACUCAGAACCUCUGUUCCUCUCGCUGCUAUAACCAUUGCCCCAAUAUCGUCCACCUUUUCACCAAUCUCGCUGCAGCUGAAGGUUUGUCUCUUCCAAAGCUUUGUAAUGCUGAAGGAGGAAAUAUGAGAUCAAGAGAAAUGUCCAAUAUUAGAAGUUCUGGGAUUGUUGCAUCGGGACCUAUUCAAUCAGCUUCGAUUUCGAUUGCGCCUGCUGUCGCACAAGAGCCACUUCAGUUCAACUCUAUGUCGUUUGCUCCGGCCCCAAAUGGAGUUUGAUCGGAAAAAAGGAAUUAUAAUAAUGGAAGAAGAAGACUAAAAAGCUAUGGGUGUGUAUGCCUCUCUUGGUUAACGUUCAUGGUUUCAUUUCACCAUGCUUACCUUUUCAUUUUAUUUUCCAUUAUUUUCACUGUGGUUUCCUCUUGUAAUAAAAAUUAUGUAUUAUAUGAAAUUAAUAAUCAUCUUUGAUAAA